GUCCAGUAGAACAAAACGUUUCUCUUGGUCUUCCAGUGUUUUUUGGGUCAUCAGACGAUGAUGAUGAGAGAGAUAAUAUAUACUAUAACCCCCUUGUAUACCUGUUGAAUUUCAUCUCCUCAACUUGGGGAUUUUGAUUUCCAUUCCUUUCGAUAUUUUCAGAACUUCCACAACAUUGUAACAAAGGCAACAAAGUGCAUCAGUAGUGAUGGGUUUGCUCAGUAUGAGCUCUUUGUGGGCAAUCGAACCAAGCAAUCUGUCUUCAACCUACCUGUGCCAUGGACAUUCCUCUUUCUUCACUUGUAGGAAGUUUAGUAGCCCUUAUGAUUCUUCGAAGUUCAGACCUGACCGAAUAUGCAGUAUAAGGGCUUUUGCAAAACAGAGGUCAGUUAAGAAAUUGAGAAGACAAAAGGAAGCACAAAAGAAUUUAACUCCGCCACUUAAUAGGAAUUCGUCAGAUGAAUAUGAUGCGCUGGCUGAUGAGUCUCCACCCGGAGUUGAUGAUGUUCAAGAAAGCAAUAAGGAGUCCUCUUUUGUGAAUUUGGAUGCAAAGAAUUCAAUUACCAUCCCGUCAAGGAGUACUGUUCUUCAAGCAUGCACUGUGACCUCUGGUCUGAUAGCUGCUUUGGGUGUGAUAAUUCGACAGGUUUCUCAUGUUGCAUCAGCAGAAGGAUUGCCGAUCCUUGACUGCUCUACAGAAGUAUCCUUUAGUUUUGAGACAUGGCAUCUUCAGUUGAUUACCGGACUAGUUAUACUGAUAUCUUCAUGCCGAUACUUGUUAUUGAAGACAUGGUCAGAUUUUGCAGAGUCUAGUGAAGCAGCCAAUCAGCAGGUCCUUGCUUCACUGCAACCUUUGGAUUACAUGAUUGUAGCAUUUGUACCUGGGGUUAGCGAGGAACUCCUUUUUCGUGGUGCAUUGUUGCCACUUUUUGGAAUGAAUUGGAAAAGUGCCUUGCUUGUUGCCGCUCUUUUUGGUGUUUUGCACUUGGGAAAUGGCCGAAAGUAUUCCUUUGCACUUUGGGCAACAUUUGUUGGGUUUGUCUAUGGUUAUGCAACAAUUUUAUCCUCGACUUUCGUUGUGCCAAUGGCCUCUCAUGCAGUAAACAAUCUGGUUGGAGGGCUUGUAUGGCGCUACACAUCGAAGUCAUCUAAAUAGAUCAGAUAUAGAUGGCAUAGAUGUGCAUUUGGGAGAUUUCAAUGUGCUACAAAAUCCACCACCUUGACGGAUCUCAAUGACUCGAUUGUAAUUAUCCUAUAGUGGUAUAAUUAAAUCGAAAAGGCACUAAAAAUGUUUGUAUAUAUUGAGGCAUAUGGUUUUAUUUUUGGAUUCUUCUAUAUAUAAGACGUGCAUUUGGGGAUAUUUCAAUAGAUUAUAAAGCUAUUACAUUUUAUUUUUUAUUUUGGAUUAUUGAGUGUUUGGGCUAAUUUACAGACAUCUUAACUAAAUCUUGAGAUUCUGAAAUUAACGACUAAGCAAAUUCUUAGUGACCCUAAGGUCUAUAAAUAAUGAGGGAGCAGCUUGCCUCCCAGUCCUUAAUCGGACUGGACGAUGAUGCUCGGUCUGUGAGGGCUUAUCACGGAUUUUGUUUUGAUAAUCCGAACCGUGUAAUGUGUAGAACUCGUCGAGUAUUAUAUACUUAUAAAAAUCACGUUGAUCAGAUAUCGAUAGCUAUGUGAUCAAAUCGGUUGACAGUGAACAAAUUAACAGUUGAUAAAAAACUGAUAAGAUGAGAUAGCUAUCGAUAUCCGAUUAAUGUAAUUUUUUACAAGCAUAUAGUACUUGACGAGUUUUAUACAUUGAACGGUUCGAAUUAUUAAAACGGGAUCCGUAAUGGACCUCUACAAACCGAAUAGAACCAUCCAACUUGCUUAAGGAUCGAAGGCAAGCUGCUCCCAAAUAAUAAAGCCACUACCUAUUUGAACUUAAUAACUUUUGGAGACUGUACGAUGAUUUUCUUGAUUAGCCACCGCCUCGUGGAAAUAAGUAACUUUUUGGUUGCUUAAGUGACAUAAUUAAAUUAAGGGGUAUUUAUUCAUAAAUAUUUGUUUACCUACUUAGGUUUAAUUUAGUUUGAAUUAUUGUUUUAUGUUUCAAUAAAUUUUGUGGGUGGCAUAGUAACUAAAAUGUCUCUAAUAAUAAUAGGGUGAUGCCGCGCAUUAAUAUCCAUAUUGACAGUGUGAAUAUUUAAUGUUGUGAAUAUUCACAUUGUCAAUGUAAAUAUUCAUAUUGUUAAAUUUAUUUAGUAUGAAUGUUCACAUCACCAAGUUAUUAAUAUUUAUAAGGGUAAAUUUUUUUAU